AUGUCAGGACUACAAGACGCGGCACUACAAGCUGCAGAAACAAUCCAGACGGCCCACAUCAACCCAGCACCCUCAGUACAACACGAUCUUGCACCGUCAACCGCGGCAGAGCGCAGACAACCUGUCGAAAUCGAUGCCGAUAUGGACGGAGAUGUGGAACCCGACGUACGAGACGAUGAGAUUCCCGUAUCCAUCCUCCGCCCAACACCUCGAAGGCCACAAAUGCCACCCUUACCGGACCUUCGGUUUGAGCAGAGUUACCUGGCCAGCAUUAAGGAUGCCAAAGGUUGGCAAGGCGUGGCUAUCAUCACAAUCCGCGAUCAAAUCCUCAUGCCCCUAGUUCAAGGAUUGGCGUGGACUCUCGUCGUCUCCGGCUGGCGCUACGUAAAUCGCGACGUGAAGCUCUCUGGCCAAACCAUCGGCGCCAAGAUUAGGCGUUGGUGGUGGGGUGUCAACAACUGGCACAUACCGGACGGUACUGGUACGCUUCGAGAUGAAAAGGUCGCCGAAAGUGUAGAGGAAUACGUGACCACGCAGUUCUCAAGCGGAGGACUGGCCGACGAUUGA